AUGGUAUUUCCAGACUACUACUUCUUUGCUGAAAGACGUUUGGUAAACCAUACUAUCGAAACAAGAAAAGUCAAGAACUUUGAUGUUUGUGAGCUUUUGUGCUACCUGAACGACAAUUGUGUCAGUCUUAACUUCAAAAAAUAUCCUGACAAUAAUGAAGCAGUUCACAUCUGUGAACUGAAUAACGCCACGCAUCUGACAUAUGACAGUGACUUGAAAACUGAUACCAAGUUUUCUUAUCGUGGCUCGAAGGUGAGUUUCACAUCGAUUUUUCUUGAAAUUAUCGCCUCGGAGUAAUAUAAAAACAAUUAUGAAUGUUUAUGAAAGUUUUCGUUUAUUCGAUCAAUAGUUAUUUAUUAUUCGGUAUUUAUCCCUCCAUCUUUCUUUCGUCAUUUAAUUUUUUUUCUCCUUCAGAACGCUUGUGACAAGAGUUCUUACUGCCAAAAUAACGCAACUUGCCAGUCUGGAUUUACACUCAAGGGAUAUCGAUGCUUGUGUCCUCCCGGAUUCAAUGGAGAACGUUGUGAAAUAGGUAGAAGUCUUAGUCAACACUUGAAAUGA